UACUAUUAAAAAUUGAGUACACAAUACAAUUCUCUACUUUGCAGGUUUUUAGAAAAAAAAUUGGCCAAGUUAAAGUCGGUCAGUCAAAAAUUUUACACGCGUUUGGUUUUACGUGAAUUAUCUCUCUUCUUGUAAAAGCAAAGAACAAUGAUAGUGGAACAAAAAAACACGCUUAAGGUUUUAAUAAGAGGUCUACGUGAACAUUCUGAUAAAGAAAUGGAUUUCGUGUAUGAACGUUUACGUGAAAUUCAUCAAGAAAUUUUAUAUGGAAAGCCGUAUGAAAAAUCUCAAGGUGUUUUAAAAUUAUGGUAUUUAAAUAUGUUAGGCUACGAUGUUUCUUUUGGUUUCUUUUCAAUGAUUCAAGUGAUGAGCUCGUCUUUAUUUGAAUUAAAGCGACCAGCUUUUUUUGCUGCAGCAUGUUGUUUUCAUAGGAAAACACCUCUAGCACUUUUAUGCAUCAAUACAUUAAAAAAAGUGCUAAGUCAAUCGCUUGAUAACGCAAGUACAUGUUUAGGCCUAUCCUGUUUAGGUUGUAUAGGGUCACACGAGAUGGCUCGAGAUUUACAUCAAGAUGUUGUAGCACUCUUAUUGUCUUCAAAUCCGUUAGUUCAACACAAGGCAAUUUUAUGUUCCUACCGUAUAAUCAAAAUGUUUCCCCCUACAUUACAAUUGGUCUUACCUAAAAUCAAAGAUUUACUUUAUCAUGAAAAUUCUUUAAUUGUUACAGCCACCAUUUCGCUUUUACUUGAAUUGGCUCAAGAAAACACCGUUUCUUACUUAUACUUAGUUCCCGCUCUUUUUAAAUGUUGGUCUCGAAAUUCAUCCAGUUGGCAAACAUUAAAACUUUUGAAAUUGUUUCGCAUUUUUUGUACAUAUGAAUCCCGUUUACCUCCAAAACUACAAGACACAAUUACACAAAUCUUCAAUACAACUACGAGCCAAUCGGUGGAAUAUGAAAUUUUUCGCCUUGUUAUUCAAUUUUUCCCUUCGACAUUGCCUAUUGUGUCCUUAUGUCUUGAACGUUUAAAAAAUUCUUAUUUGAAUUCUCACGACAUGAAUUUAGUUUUAAUGGCACUGGAAUUCAUUGCCAAUGACAUUCUUGGAAAUUCUUGUAUGCUUCAAGUACUUGAAAAGACAUUCGACUAUCAAUUAUUACCACAGAUACUCAAUUAUUUAACUUCCUCAGAUGAUUUAGUACUCAAUUAUGCUCUUUGUAUUGUGAGCAAGUGCGCUAAAGUUAACAAUUUCACUCUCAUUUUUGACACUUUAUUACAAUUGGGUGAGACAUUACCGUCGGAUUCGGCUGUGGAUUGGAUGUUAACAUUAUUACAGUUAGCUGAAAAGGACAAUUUUAGUGUCAUUACUGAUAUGGAAGUCUAUAUUUGUCAAAUGAUUCGUAUAGCUUGUUUAAAGCUAACGAGAACAGCUGAAGAAAAGUUAGCACAUCAUAUAAAAGUCAUUCCUCUUCAUUUCCCUCAAGUACGAUUAUUUCUUUACUAUUCUUUAUUUUUAAUUCUCAUAAAAUGUGAACCACCUUCUCAUUUUCCGCCUACUUUUUGGAUGUGCCCGUUAUGUGAAACCUCUCUUUCCACUCGUUCACUAGUUGAACUUCCACAAAAGACGCUUGAAAACAACAAUUGUCCGAAACUCACAGAGGAGGCGCACACACACCCUAAGGUUUCUCUCUCUGCGUCACCAAGAAUCCUUCAACAUGUUCUUUAUUUUUUGGAGGAUUAUUCUCUUGAUAGUAACGAAUCUUUACUGAAUCCCCAGAGUUUAAAACACAUAUCAAAUCUUGUGGACACGCUUUUCGGUGUAGGAACAUUAGAGCAACAAAGGUUACGUUCUCUCAUGUGCGUUACAACUGAGGGUCAAAAUAACCUGUCAUGUUUUGUUAUUUACGCAACGUGGUUUCUGGCAUCUGAGAAUAUUUUGAAUGAGUCUCUUCGUUCCUCUGCUUUGAUGACAUCUAUUGCCAUUUUUUGUGGCAAUUUGUCUCAAAAUGAUUAUCAAGCUAAGGAGUUUUUAAAUCUUUUAAAAACAUCUUCAACCAGUUUUGCAACCACAUCGUCUUCUAGUUUACGUGUUAUCAGUUAUUCACUUUUCACCCUUACAAAAUCUACUGAGCAAGAAAGCAUUCAAUUGUUGCGUGAAUUGUCCGACCGGUCGACUUGUUACCACCCGAUGCUGACUGAGGAAACGCCUGCUCAUGAAAAUGAUUUUUUAGACCAGCCUUUUUGUGUUCUUUCUGAAUCGACGCCACUUGAACAUCGUCCGUCGUCCAAUCAGGUACCUAUGACAAAAUCACCAAUAAAAAAAAUGCAAAAGGCCAAAAGAAAAAUACAGUUAUGGAACAUUCUUUUUCAUGACCCUCAAAUUUUUUUGUAUGGUUCUUUUUGUGGUGGAUCAAAUCGAACCGAAAAAAUACAGGAAGAUCUUUUACUCUCUCAAAACGUUUCCACUAUCAACCUGCGACUACAUGUUCGAUGUGAAAAUCGUUCGGUCAAUACUUUAAGUAACGUUUAUUUGGAGCAAAUAAACAGUCCUGUCAAGGUUUUUCUAGCAAAAAGUCUUGUGCAACGAUCUAAAAAAACGUCAUUGGUUCUGCAGUGGAAUAAGGAAAACGUAUUUAAAGGAAAUCCCAUUCUUUUUUGUCGUUUGUACUACGACAUGCAAGCAUCCAAGUUUUCUUUUUUAGUACCUGUUCAUAUGCCUAUCUAUUGUGUUCUUGAGCCUCUUAUUUUAGACGACACAUCUGUUGUCCUUGUGCAACAAACACACCAAGAGCUUUUGAAGUGUACUGCUACCGAGAUACGCCAUGCUUUGGAUGUCACUUUACCUGACAACAUAACUAUAGCCAACUAUAUACGUCUUGCUUUAAGUCUGACGCAUUUAGAUGCUUAUUUUCAUUUAGCCAAUGUACAAGACACUAACACUACUGUUACCGCUCUCCUGACUGCGUCUGAACGCGUGGAGACGAUUCUGACUAACGAAUCGCAAACAAACCGUGAAGAAACACGCUCAGUCUUUUCAGGCGCGUCUACUGCUUUUUUCAAAAAAAGUCUUCCACUCGUUUUUGUGACCUUGUCAUGCGUCGUACAAUCCGAAAGUCAGUCAGCUUCACAGAUACAGACAAAACCUACAGACUUGUCAUUUUAUAUUAACACAACGGUUCAAACAAAUACCCCACACUAUAGUGAGCGUUGCGCGUCCGAUUUAGCAGAUGUUUUAGUAAAAGUUUUGAAGCAACAAGAGUUUAUCAAACAACGACUUUAAACAUUUGUGUUGUAACGAAACUCCCGCCUUACUUUGAUGAAGUGUACAAAUAAAUACAUUGAUGACACAAUUCAUUGUUUAAAACCUACAAGUCGUUACAGCGGGAGCAUUGAAUGAAACGGCAAGUUUCGUGCGUUUCCCUAAGCGAUUUACCAGUAGGAUUAUGUUUCAACGUAUUGGUAAAUUUAUUCCACGCAGUAAGUAGAGCUUACUUUGCAGAAAAAUCC